AUGGCAAAGGCGGUGGUUUAUGCCCUUGCCGCUACCGCCUUGAUGGCCUUCAUAAUCUUCUCCCCGAUGGGCCAAAAGGGUCGCAACCACCUCCGCUCAAACCGCCGUCUAGGCAUCAUAUUAUCCCACCCGACUUUCGACCCCCUCGUGACCGAAUUGGAGAGAAGGCGAGAAGGGGAACACGCGGAUCGAGAAGACCCUCCGGCAAGCACGGGAAUUGGUUCUCCGAUCAGCAGGAACGAGUAUUUAACGGACGAGGGCGAGCUCAACACCACCUCGAGGCUAUUGUUCUUGUUCCCAUUGUUGGACGACGCGCCAAAGGACGGGGCGGUCAGCUUCAAGGAGCUCGAGGCAUGGAACGUGGGCCAAGCGCACGAAAGGCUGGCCUACCAGACACAGAAGGAGCUGGCGUUUUUCGACAAGGAUGGAGAUGGGGCUAUUUCCUUCAGGGAGUACCUUCCUCAGUUCUCAGAUGAAGACAUAGAGAGAAAUGGUUCUGCACACGGUGAAGCCGGGUGGUGGAAGGAGAAAUUCCUUAAUGCCGAUGUCGACCAAACCGGAACCCUCAGCUUCAAUGAGUUCAUGGAUUUCUUGCAUCCCGAAGAUAGUAACAACACAGAAAUCUGGAAAUGGCUUCUCUGGCAAAAACUGAAGCAAAUGGACUACGACGGCGAUGGUAAACUCAACCUCGAUGAGUUCAAGGAUCACAUCUAUGAUAUCUACAAGAACUAUGUGGAAUUCGACGCCCAUGGCGGUCAUGUGCCUACACCUGAACAGAAAUUCACCAAUCUCGAUGUGAACAACAAUAAACUCCUGGAAGUCGAAGAAAUGAUACCAAUACUCCAUUAUUUGAAUCCUGGAGAGUUAUCUCAUGCUAAAUAUUACACAGCUUUUUUGAUCCGUGAGGCUGAUGACAACAAAGACGGUAAAUUAAGCCUUGAGGAGAUGCUUAACCACGAGUAUAUGUUCUACGCCUCGCUCUUUGAGGAGGAUGAGGAGGAUGAUGAAAUGCACGAUGAACUCUGAAAGUGGAUUGUCAUCACUCGAUUAAUCUCGGACUUUCCUGCAAAGAGAACUCCACCAUCAGCAGUGGCACAAUCUUUGUUCAAAGAACUUUCAGGAGCCGGAAAAACACGAGAGGGGGAAAUGGAAAGCUUUUUUGAGAGAAAAAUCAGAACUUAAGAAACAGAUGUUAGGUCGGCUCAUAAAAUUUCCAGUAGGACCUGCAAAUUUUUGAAAG